CCCACCUCUAAUAUCCUGCUCCGGAUCCUCUCACGAAGGUGUCUGUGCGUUCACAGUAUCCUGGAGGUCGAGCAGCCGUGUGGAUCCCUACAGCGUGUCAGCGUGUGAGCGGCUGAUCCGGGGAAGCGUGACGUCACGAUGUGGAACAGGAUGGAAGACAAAAAACAUGAAAAGCAAGAUGGCAGCAAACUCAAACAGACGUUAUUUUCCUUUGGUGUCAUAGCAGAUGUUCAGUACGCAGAUAGAACCGAUGGCGUCAGUGGUUGGAGAACAAUGAGAUAUUAUAGUCAAAGUUGCCUGCACCUCCAAAGUGCAAUCAGACACUGGAACAAAGAAGAGGUUUUACCGGCAUUUAUCCUUCAGCUGGGAGACAUUAUCGAUGGAUGCAACAGGAGAUUUCUUACUUCUGAAAAGUCGCUCCAGGUAGUACUUAAGGAGACUGAGAACAUGAAGGCUCCCUUCCAUCACAUCUGGGGGAACCAUGAGCUCGAUAACUUUGACCUGAAGUAUUUAUGGAAGUCUAAGUUAAACUCUAAACACUUGGAGGACAAACAAACAGAUGACUCUCAUGUGUGCACUGCUGAGAAGAAUGACUUUUAUGCGUAUCACUUUAGCCCUUUCACAAAUUUCCGCUUCAUUAUAGUUGAUACGUACGAUCUGAGUGUUUUUGGCAAUGAUCCAUCUAGUCCGAAACAACAAAAGUCCCAAAGCUUCCUCAGUACUACAGAUUUCCAUGAACCUCACCAUCUGACAUUUAAUGGCGGGUUUAGCAGGGAGCAGCUUUCCUGGCUUCACCAUGUUCUGAGUUACUCAGAUAAACACAACGAAAGAGUUGUCAUCGCUGGUCAUGUUCCUAUUCACCCUAAAGCUAAACACACUCCGUGUCUGGUGUGGAAUUACAGAGACGUCCUGGAGGUUAUCCAGUCACAUACAUGUGUUGUGUGUUAUGUGGCAGGACAUGAUCACGGGGGGGGAUACUAUCAGGACUCAUAUGGUAUUCACCACAUCACAAUGGAAGGCGUAAUUGAGUGUUCACCUGACACCAACGCGUUUGCCACGGUUUACGUGUACGAGGACAUGAUGCAUUUACAAGGGUCAGGGAAAGUCAAGAGCAGAAUCCUUCACUACAGGAAAUAAUAGAACGAGGUUAUCUAAUAUAAAUUACUGAAAGUAAUGUAUAGACAGUGUUGUUUAUUUGUGAUCUGGUGAAAUCGCAGCAGUAAAUAAAGAUGAGUUCUGCAGUGA